AUGGAGUGGAAACUGGAGCGCACCGCCCCGCGGAGGGUCCGGACAGAAGAAGAGAUGCUGUGGGAGAAUGUCAUGCGGGUGUUUGCCAAAGACCUGAAGCAAAAGAGAAAUCCACGUUCUUCUAAGGUGUUUGAUGAAGUUAAGCCCACAUAUUCUAGCUUCAAGAGCAACUUUGUGAAGAGGCUGUCAGUGGAGGGUCCCAUUGCCAGUAGCCCAAUUACCACUAGAUGGCGGCAAAGCCAAACCAGGGAUCUGGCAGCCUGCUCCUUUGGGGAAGAGCUUUCAACCACUUACCUCCCGGAAGAUUCUGGAUCCGUGCUCAAGAUAACACCUGAGAAAGAGACUUUGAUUCUAGGAUCCUACCAAGAACCACUCCAGACACCCAUCAAAGGGACUUUCGAAACAAGUAACUCUUUCCAUUUUUGCAAGGAAGCUCAUGCUACGGACAGAGACUGGAAUGAAACCGUUGCCUCAAAAGGCCGGAAAUGCCUAAACCAGCUAUUUUCGACCCAGAAGGUGGCUCGGUGGGUAAGUGGGCAAAUGCAGCUCUGUGAACAAUCCCAGUGUGCCUGGAAAGGCUGCAGAGAUGGAGUCAGAGAUGAAUCCUUCCAUCUUAAAAGAUUCAAGAAUCUAGACUAUUCCAUACUCCAACCAGAAGUGAAGAUUCAUCUUACUGGUCUUCGAAAUGACUAUUAUCUGAAUACUCUAGAUUGGAAUUUUCAAAAUCUAGUUGCUAUAGCUCUUGGAUCCUCUGUAUUCAUCUGGAAGGGGGAAAACUACAAUGUGACUGAAAAUAUAGAUCUACCUAUCAAUUGUAACUAUGUAUCUUCUGUGUCCUGGAUAAAAGAUGGAACCUGCCUGGCAGUUGGCACCAGCGAGGGAGAAGUACAGUUAUGGGAUGUGGUAACUAAAAAGCGGUUGAGAAAUAUGCUUGGUCAUUUGUCGGUGAUUGGGGCUCUGAGCUGGAAUGACUGUAUUCUCAGCAGCGGGUCGAGGCUGGGCCGUGUUUAUCAUCACGACGUUCGGGUCACGCAGCAUCACGUUGGAACACUUCACCACAAGCAAGCUGUCUGUGCUCUCAAGUGGUCCCCUGAUGGCAGGCUGCUUUCCAGUGGCUGUAGUGAUGGACUGCUGACGAUAUGGCCCCAUGACCCCGGUGCAAAAGCCCAGGUUCAACCCCUGAAAGUCAUAGCCCAACCUACAGCAGUCAAGGCCAUGGAUUGGUGUCCCUGGCAGUCUGCAGUCCUUGCUGUUGGAGGCGGCAUGGAAGAUGGACACUUACGUGUCUUGGACAUAAAUACUGGGCAAAGCAUCCAGACCCCAAGCACAGACUCACAGAUUUGUUCCCUAAUCUGGCUACCUAAGACAAGGGAGAUUGCAAGUGGCCAAGGUAGUCCCAAGAAUGAUGUGACUGUGUGGGCCUGUCCUGGUUUGACCAGGUCACGUGGAUUUUUGGGCCACAGAGGCAGAGUGCUGCACCUGGCUUUGAGUCCAGACCAGACCCGAGUGGUUUCUGCUUCAGCAGAUGGCACAGCCUGUGUAUGGAGCUGCUGUCACUCAGCAACACCAUGAGCUCCAGCUUCCUCACUUCAAAGUGGGAAUAAUGACAGUGGCCUUGUCUUCUCCACGGGGCUGUUGUGACUAUCAAACUGGAUGAUGUGCUUUUCCCGAGGUGAAUGUUCUCGUGACCUUUCUUCUCAGGCGUAUUUGCUCUGCUUCCUCCUGUUCCAUUUCCUGAUACUAUCUUUGCCUCUUCUCUAUUUUCCCCUCCCUCAUUCUCUUCUUCUUCUUCUUCCUUCUUUUUCUUUUUUUCUAUCUCUUCCUUGUUAGGGAUGCAUUUCCACUGUGAUAGCAGAGAUUUCUAUAGCAGAGAUUUCCAAACACCUUUUUCCCUCUUGACUUUUCUCCCAAUUUCCAGCCUCAUAUUUCUUUCUGCCUCUAGAUAUUUCCUUUCUGAGAUC